GUGACAACAAAGCUUGCUGGAAUAGCGUGGCUUCCUCGCGCCAAGAAACACAAGAAAGGCUUCCCUUCGUUCAUGCACAAGGAAUGGUACAACACUGACAUUAUGUUUUAUAAAUCAGAUGAAAUAUUUCGCGAGUCCCGCAUGCUUCUCGUUGGAACUUCUGCUCCGAUUCUUGGCGUUGACAUUGAGAAAAGUCUUCAAGAUGCAUUGUGUAUUAACAAAGAGGUAAAUCUCGAUCAAGUGAUCAAACAUCUCAAAACAUGUGUUCGCGUCUGGGAUGAGAAAAAGAAAUCAACUUCGCAAUAUAUUGAAAUGCUCAAAGAAAUCUACGUGUAUCUUUCGAAAAGGCCUUCACAAGAAGACGUCUCCCGUAUUAUUCUGCAACAUUUUGCAGAAUAUGGAGAAAAAUGGAUAUGGCACGGUGCGGGUUUCUGCGCACCCGAACAACUCGCCCUGGAGAAAGAUUUACCCUUUGAAUUUCGACCUCCGCUUUUUCUGCUGCCCGAGGCUCUAAAUGAUGGGAAAUCGCUGACGAUUUUUUUUCGAAACCACGGGGUUCGUGAACAGUUUUCCAAAGAAGACAUUAUUUCCGUCUUGGUCGCCAUUAAGAAGACAUACGAGGAGACUGUACGUCCUAUUUCGCUGAAGGAGCAGGAAAAAGAUUUAAAGUUUUGUCGUUCCGUUCUCGAGUGGUUGGUAAGUGAUGGACAGAAGUUGGACGAAGAUCUCAGAAGGAAGAUAUUUGUUCCAGUGCAAAAAGACAAGAAGUUAGUCUUAGAGGAAUGUGAAAAAGGCACGUAUUGCGAUCAAGAAUGGUUGAAACAUGGAAAAAGUGAACUUGAUAUUCCUGAUGAUAUUCAACUGAUCCACGAUUCCAUUACGACUAAAACAGCAAUUCUGCUUGGAGUACCUUCACUAAGCUCCUGUCUGCUGUCGGCUGAGUGCGUUGAGUUUGAACAAACCGGACCCUACGAGCCGAUCACAACAAGAAUCAAGAAUAUUCUGAAAGAGUAUAAAGAAGGUGUUGGUAUUUUCAAAGAGCUUAUUCAGAAUGCGGAUGACGCAGGCGCGGAUACGGUCAAAUUUUUGGUGGACUGGAGAACAGGGAAGAUUGGCAGCUUAUUCUCGCCUGAUAUGGCCCCAAGCCAAGGGCCUGCACUCUGGGCGUACAACAAUGCUGUGUUCACUGAUAAAGAUUUUGAGAAUAUCAACAAGCUAGCUGGAGGAACGAAAGUGGAAGAUCUUUCGAAGAUUGGUCGUUUUGGGCUGGGUUUCAACGCUGUUUACCAUCUUACUGACGUACCGAGUUUUAUCAGUCGAAGCAUCUUGUGUAUUUUUGACCCAAAUGUCAACCACAUCUCAAACCACAUUCGCGACAAGUCCCGUCCAGGAAUCCGAAUAGAUCUUGCCAAGAACCCAAGGCCGUUGACAGCGUUCGCCGACCAGUUUUCCCUCUAUAACGAAAUCUUUGAAUGCAAGACAACUCUGGAUGAUAAAGAGAAGUUCUCGUACCAAGGCACCUUAUUCCGCUUUCCUUUUCGCACUGCGACUGAGGCAGAGAAGAGCGAGAUGUGUCAGACUGUUUACAAUCAAGUCGAAGUGAAAAGAAUUGUAGAUACUUUGCAGCGCAAUGCAUCCCUCAUUCUUCUUUUUACACAAAAUGUUAAGCGCGUUGAACUGUACGAACUUGCUGCUGAAGACUGCCCGCAAAACAUGAAACUUAUACUUUCUAUCAAUAAAGAAGUACUUUCUACUAAUAAAGAAAUUUCCACCAUUCCGGAGGUUGUGCAGGUAUCUCCAUACAUUAAACGAUGCUCCAACUGGUGGAAUGAAAAGCAAUCGUUGAGUGAAGCACCGUGGUGUUUGGAGCAGGUUGAAAUCCGGAUUGAUAAGGAAGACCCAACCACAAAUGAAACUGGAGCGUGCGACGUAAAGACUUCUUCCUGGUUUGUGUCUUAUUGUGUUGGAAAGGAUCUUUCGAUCAAACUUGCCAGGGAAGAAGGUGAAAAAGAUGGUCUCUUGCCUCUCGCCGGUGCUGCUGCUCUCCUUCAAAGCAAUUCAAAUGAUGAUGCGAUGAUCGCUAAACAAGUUAAUGGUGAAGCAUUUUGCUUCUUGCCACUGUCCAUUUCCACCGGACUACCCGUCCAUGUAAACAGUUCCUUUGCUGUUCGUUCGAAUCGCGAUGGAAUCUGGGAAAAGACCACGGCUGAGGAAAACUUGGAAUCUCGCUGGAACGAAACUCUUUUACAAGAUGCGAUACCCGAGGCAUAUUUCCAACUACUCCACGGAAUGGUGAAUUUAUCGAAGAAUAAUUCCUUAACACAAUUCGAUCAGCGUUUCCAUGAUUUCUGGCCGCGUCUUGCCACGUCAAAAACGUCGUGGACCGCUCUCGUAUCGAGUUUUUAUACAAAGUUAUUAGCACAAAAUUUGAAGCUGUUUUGCAGCACUGGAAAGUGGAUGGACAUUAACGAUGGUUUUAUCUUAGACGAUGAGUUGCGAAGUCAUGAUCACGACAGAGUCGUGAGAACGCUGAAAUUUAUCGAAAUACACGUUUUUGAUCUUCCAUCAGAUGUCGUUACCGCAAUGAAAGACUCCGCUAGUGAUUCUGUCCAAAAUGUUCUUCAGAAGCAGACGUUGAACUUUGUAUCAUUCUUUGAGCUCCACUUGUUCCCUAAGUUAGAAGUAAUCCCGGCUGAUUUACGCAAUCCCAUUGUCCAUGAUGGGCUACGCUAUCUCCUGGACGAGACAAAGCAAGGCUAUCAGAAACUGAAUAGUUUAUACAAGAAAACCAAAUGUAUUCCGUGUUCUCCCGAUGGUGAAAAGUUAGCUCGACCGUGCGAUUUGAUCAACCCGAAUGACGAAAGUAUUUCUAGGUUAUACUCGCCCGAAGAAGGCAGGUUUCCUCAUGGAAAUCUCGAUAAUACACAAAUGUUUGUAUUGGCCGAAAAACUUGGGAUGGUUAAAGAUCUUUUAAGUUGGGAAGAAAUUCGUGGACGUGCGAUGUCUAUUGAGAAGCUAGCAGAGACGAACAAGGAAGCAGCUCUGCUACGCUCAAGGUAUCUUGUCUAUUAUCUACGAUGUAAUAUGGAGAGACUUAAACAGAUGACAGAUAUUUCGCUUUGUCCUUCUCUUCAGAAAAUAAAUUUUUUACCGGUGCGUCUCACUGCCACAGAAUCGUACACUUUGCCAUGGAAAGGGGAGUCUUGUUCCACGCAGUUUCUGAGUCCUGGUGAACUGUUUUUGCCAGAAGAUGAUACCCUCAUCGGCUCAGCCAGCUUGAUCGUCGACGACACCGAAGAAAGCGGGUGUGGUUCACUGGAAGUUUUAAAGAGCGUUCUUGGUUUUUCUCGUCGCCCGAGCUGUCAACAAGUGUUUGAACAGUUGGAUAUUACCAGGAAAUCACAUGCGACCGACGAAAUGAAAAAUAGAGUGUGCAAACGUGUUUACAAACAUCUAAAUGAUGAGCUGGACGAGAAUUCAGACGUAACUGAAAAACUUCAGAAUUCUCCGUGGCUUUACCUUGAAGGAACUUUCGUAGAAAACAAGAAGAUUGCAAUGAGCUGGAAUGGGUACGCCGUGCCUUUUCUGUACAGUGUUCCAGACAGAGACAAACAAGAGUAUAAAAAACUCCUCAAACUGGCAGGAAUUAAGGAGUGCUUCACAGCCACCGAUUUCAUCGAAGCUCUAGAUUUGCUCAGGGAAUCCAUGCAGGAUACCCCUUUGUCACCAGAACAUAUACAACUUGUUGUGACGUUGAUCAGGGAGCUAAGAGAUCCAAGCGAGGCGGUUAGAAGACGUUUUGGUACAAUACCAUUACCUGACACAAGCGGUGUGUUAUACGACAGCAAAGAUCUAACCAUCCCAGAAAGUUUUGCAGUGAAAUACAACAACAAAGGCGAGCUUUUCAUUCAUCAAGAGAUAGUCCAAAACACUGCUCGCAAGCUUGGAGCAAAAGCCUUGCGUGCAAGACGAAGGGAGAAGUAUGGUAACACAAUGUCUAUAUCUUUUGGGCAAUUUGAGAAACUAACGGAUCGUAUAAAGAACAUCUUAGAAUCAUACCCUUGUGAUGCUGGAAUCUUAAAGGAACUCGUUCAAAAUGCAGACGAUGCGAAGGCCACCGAAAUUCAGUUCAUCUACGACAAACGAAAACUUCCUCACGAGCGAGUUCUUCAAAAUCAAGCGAGCGAAAUCCAAGGACCUGCGUUAUGUGUUUACAAUAACAAACAAUUCAGCGAAGAUGAUUUUAAUGGAAUCUGCAAACUUGGAAUCGGGAGCAAACACGAUGACCCUGCUAAAACUGGACAGUAUGGAAUUGGAUUCAAUGCCGUGUAUCACUUAACGGACUGUCCUAGCUUUUUGUCCAACGAUAGCACUCUUUGUAUCCUUGAUCCUCACUGUGAAUACGCUCCUGAAGCUACUUUGGAUGCACCUGGAGGACGUUAUGACAACAUUGAUAACGAUUUUAGAGAUAUCUUCUCUGACACUGUAAGUGGUUAUCUUAAGAAUCUCGAUCGUUUUCCUCUGAAAAAUUCCACCAUGUUUCGACUUCCACUGCGAACAAGCGAACAAGCAGCUAAGUCUGAAGUAUCGAGGAUUGUUGCUACCGAAGAAAUCAUGACUUUACUAAAGAAAUUUGAAGAAGAAGCGAAGAAAUUGUUGCUUUUUCUCAAUCAUGUUAAGGAGAUUGGUUUGUGGGAAAUCGAUGAGAAUUCUGAGUUAAAACUCACAUACUCGGUGAGUUCUAAACUUAAACCAAAAAGUGAGAAGAAAUUACAUGAGCUGCAUGGUCACUUGCAAGACCACAAGAAUUUAAAAACUCAUGAGAUUCUUAUAAAGGACACUACGUAUAGCAUCCAUAUUCAGGACACAGAGAGACUCCAGGAAAAAUGGCUCAUUCAUCAAAUUUUUGGCAUCAGAGAAGAAGCAAUGAGCGAUGAACAAACUCCAAACGUCUGUGAUCUUGGCCUGUUCCCUCGUGGUGGAAUUGCAGCGCUAUUGUCGACGACGAAUCGUCCAGAUUUGGAAAAAUAUGUCGCGUACUGUUUUUUGCCUUUGCCUGUAACAACUUCGCUGCCCGUUCACGUCAAUGGUCAUUUUGCACUCGAUGGAUCACGACGAGAUUUGUGGUGGGACCAGAGCAAGACUUGUCGGAAAACGAACUGGAAUGGGUUCAUGAAGGAACAAGUGCUUGGCCCUGCUUAUGCAUCAUUGAUCACGAAAAUCAGAAAACAUAUUCCCUAUUGUGAAAGAGAGUCAGAGAAGAUCUUCUUCUCAAACGAAGACGAAGCAAUAAAAGCCUUGGUUUGGUAUCACAAAUUAUUUCCAGAUCCUGAAAAAGAUCCCGACUGGAAUACUCUUGCCGUGGCUGUUUAUAAGAGCUUAAAAGAGGCGCAAAUUUUUCCAGUGGUCUCUCAAUCACGUGGUGUUAACACAGCGAAGAAGCAUCAAUCUGAUGAAUGUGGGUCAGAGAAAUCUUCUGGCACCAGAGAGGGUAGACGUGAAAAUUCAGUUUUAAUUGGUGGCCGUUAUCGCAACGUGUCUAGCAAGCACGCUCCUCGCUUGUCACGGCAUCGCGAAAAGGGAAGAAGAUACAAUUCGAAGAAUGUGAAGAUGGCAAGGUACGCUUUUGUUGCACAAAAACGAUGUGAAAUAGUGACAAAGUUUUCUAUCGAGUGGCUGCCUCCAAACCUUGUCUACUUCACUGAAGAAAAAAAGCGAAUCGAACAACAGGCUCUGUUGUUAACCGCACUCUUAGAGAUCCGUAUGCCAGUGUUAUUAUAUACUCCAAUGAGAAUCUACAAAGCAUUGAAGAAGUCUGAGGUUACAACCAAUCUCCUUUCUCCGGAAAAUGUCAUCGAUUUCAUGUUGAAGUCGCAAGAUGAAAGCUCCAGGUGUGUCAUUGGAAAACUUCCUAUCCAACUGGGGCAAUCAAACAUUCAAAACGAGUCUAAUUUACGAAGUAUUUUUCAAUAUUGCAAGUCGAAACUUGAGGAAUUACCUUCAAAUCUCGAAGGGCUGCCACUUCUGUUGACGGCUGAUAAUAUGUUGAGAGCGUUUACUGCGAACAGUCCCGUGUAUUGUACAGAAUUUAUCGAUUUGUUUCCUGACAAAGCUUCUAGGUUCGUUCAUCUUCAAUUUGUUCCGCUAUUGUUAUCAUUUUGUGAAGUUGAUGAAGCCGAACUUGGUAUUAUCCGUCAUCUCACCAUCACGUCGUUAGCUGAAGAAUUUAUGCCGGACGUCUUCCGUGACAAAUUACCGUUGGGUGAGACAAAACAUGUCCCAUGGAGCUACCCAGAAAAUGGCGUCCUCUCAAAGGAAUGGUUCAGAAUUUUAUGGAAGUUCUUGAAAACUGUCGAACGAUCGGAAAGAGAAGAUACUAUUCCACUCCUUGGUAAAUAUCCGAUUAUACCAACCAAAGAUGGCAAGCUAGCAACGGUUGAUAACUCCAAAUCUGUGUUGGCAAUGACUAUAUUCAAGACGAAGUCUUUGAAUUCACUCCAGAGGCCGGUUGCAAAAAUUCUGGAAGACCUAUCAUGUCCGUUUUUAGAUGAAUCCAUUACAGAAUAUGGUUUGCCUGUUGUCCUUCCAUUAGUCGCUCACCCAGACAGCGAAUCAGAUGUACUUCAUGUUCUCGACUAUAUGAAUUCGACUGGAAUACUCGACUUGAGCAAAUUUGACGACGAAAAAAUUUUCACUCUUUUGAAAUUUUUUCAGGCUGAUUGCGGAAACGAGACGUCUAUGGGAAAAGCUAAAACAUUACCGUUCUACAAAGGCGUUGAUGGCAAUUAUUAUUCGCUGUUGUUGCAUUCCUCAUACAUUAAAAUUCCAGCUCGCUUACCAGAAGAUGGCAUAAGAGAACUACAAAGUAUUUAUGGAACGAGAGUGUUGCUGUUUCCCUCAUCACUACCGUCAGAGUUGAAUCAAUUGUUCGCGGCUCUUGGGAUUGAGGUGAACUGCCGUGUUUCUGAGUUUUACAUCAAAUACGUGUUGCCAAAUUUUUCAUUAUUAUCUCGUGAAUGCCAAAUAAAAUUUUUAACUUGCAUCAGAGGAACGCUGCGCUUCGAUUUGAUCGAAGAAUUGAAAUGGACAAGAUGUAUUCCUGACCAAACUGGAAACCUUUGCUUUGCUUCCAGAUAUCUCAAUCCACACAACGAAUUAUUUCAAGCGAUGUUUAAGACUGAUGCAGACGUUUUUCCAGCAUCACCGUUCAAUGAAAUGAAGUGGCUCGAAUUCCUUCUCCAAAUAGGAAUGAAGGAAAAAUGUGACCAGGAACAGUUCAUUGAAUUUGCAAAUAACGUGGAGCAGUCUGCACAGAAAUUGACCGAAUACGAUGAAAACAUUAUAGCUCAGUCCAAAGCACUCGUCAAGUACCUACUAGGAAAUGAACGCGAUGGGACCUGGUCAUUCUACGGUAUUCCUGAAAUAAAGUUUAUCGUCCCUAAGGAAAUCGAAGAAGAGCUCUCUUCUAUUCAUCCCCAGCAUCGUGCAGAUGGAAUUCUGGAAUUUGUUUCAUAUCGUGAUUCAGUGCCGUGGGACCUUAGACACCUAAUUUGGACAAGUUAUAAACUUCUACCAGAUUGGGCUUUUCCUCGUCAUAAUGAGAGUCUUAUUUCAGCGUUAGGAAUAACUUCAGAGCCACCUCUUAAUGCUGUGUUUCAGCACAUAGAAACCAUGUCCAAUUGUGCUUCGAAGAUAAUCGUGUCGGGUAGUACUUUGUCGGAAAAGCUUAAGGAAGUGUUUAAAACAACCUACGAAUUCCUGGUGAACCUGAUGAAACACUGCGCCAAAGAACCUUCCUCAGACUGUAACGAGAAGUGUCAGAAGAUUGGAGAGUGUUUAAAAUCUGUUGCUUGUAUUCUGCUCAACGAAGAACGAUGUUUGGUGAGAGGUGAAAAACUUUCAAUUGAAGACACAAAAGACAAAUUGAAACCGCAUUUUUAUAAAAUACCACGCGACUAUGCUCCGUUUGAUCAUCUCCUGAAAAGACUUGGCGCUACGGAGAAGAUCUCCGCUUCACAAAUGGCCAGUGUUCUCAAGUCUAUCAAAGAUUCUUCCACAGAUGAAAAGAUGAAUUCUGAAGAAGAGGAAAAGGCGUGCUUUGCUACUUCUGUUUUGUUCAAAUCACUCCUUGACGAUAAAGAGACCGAAGCUGAUUCAAGACUGGCAAAUUGCGAGGAGCUUCUUUUGCCAAGCAUGGCUAAACGACUCAUAAGCUCCGACAAGUUGGUUUGUAAAAUGCAGCCCCGACUCCGCGAGUCAGUAGCGAAGCAAGGCUACGAGAUUUUGAUGCCUUUUGAAAAAUGCGGAAUGAAACGUGAGUUGGAAAACGACUAUCUUCAAGCUCUUCCUAAUCGUCUCCGGCCAACGCCGUUAAGCGAACUGGUACGCGAAGAGUUACAUCCGCUGUGUAAGAAGGACAUGAGUUGUACUUUAUGCCUGGCGAUGGAUUACCAUUCGUUUAUCCAGAAGGUUCAUUUUACUUUUGCGAUCCUCGCAAUUUGAGCGCGGUAUCAUACGGCUCUUG